AGUGUAGGGGCUGUGGGGGGUAAGAUUCAACAGGCUUCCAGUUCUGGAGUUCCUGUGACAAGUAGAAAUGGUGGAAAGGUCUGGAAUUUGAGUCGGGGUUUUCUGUCUGCAUAAGGGAGUGGAAAGCAUUUGUAUUUCCAGGUUUUAUUCAGUGUCUCUAUCCAUCCAUCCAUCUGGAUUGAAAUAUCUCCUGUGAAUACAAAGUUCAGUAUACUCUGGACCGAGGUUCCGGCUAAUUUGAGUCUGGUUUUCUUACCCACAAAUGCCAAGAUUAAAUUGGUUGUUUUUGAAGUAGCUUUUCUGAAAUUUGAACUAGAAUUGAACUCUUUAAAUUCCACUUUCACAUUUGUUCGGAAUUUGCUUGAACGAAAAGCAUAGGUGUGCGUUGUGCUCAUCAUUGGAGCCUUUUGUUUGCAUCCAGAUGUCAUCCACUGAAAUAAUUUACAAGUCCUUUAGGGGGACAAUAACGUAUGUUUCCAGAUAAGGUGAAGGGAUUCUAAAGUCAAACGAACAGCACACAGCUGCGCGUGUAUCGAGAUAAUCUCAUCUCACUGACAUAGUUCUGGUCUGACUUGAGCUGUGUAGUACUUCUGGUGACAAAUCUCCUCGCCGGAGAUUUAUCUCCCCAACUCUGCGACAACUUGGCUGGGGGAGCACCUCGGCGGAUGCGUCCUUUAUCUGUCUGCCCGCGUGUGGCUUGAUGGAAUGACAGCAAUGCAUAAUUUAGUGCUCGCUGAAAACAUGCUGCGCUCCCUCUCUCUGGCUCAGCUGUCCGAUCAUAUCCAUUCUCCAUUUAGAGCGGCAGGCGUUCAAAGGCUCUGCCUUUUCUCCAUUCCUCUCUUUUUUUUUUGUACCUUUUGUUCUUUUCCUUCCUCGCUCUCCACCCUCUUGCAAAAGAUUCAUUACAAGACAGAUUUUUUUUUUCUCUUCUUUUACCCCUGGUCUCCUGCUCCAUCCGUGCUCCCUUGGCCUCGCUCUGUGGCUGCAGCGGCUGAGAAGCUCCAGAUUGACUACAAGCCGUCCCUUGCCGGGAUUAACCUCUCGCCAUUGUUUCUGCCCGUUGAACAGGAUUAACAAAUCAGUGUGUCAGGUAGACUGCAGUCAAGAGACAAUGACCCAGUUCUGACACCACUGCCCCCCCUUUUCCUCAUCCGCCCACCUCUUUCCCUCUCCUCCCCCCCCUUCUGUCUCACUGCAGCUUUUAAUUAAAAAGACUUUGCUUAGCUGGCGCUAUGUGCUCCCUGGAGAAUGCCUCACAGCUUUGUUUUCCUUUUUUUUUUUGUUUUUUUGUUUUUUUUGCUGAAAAUUGGGGGGUGGAACUGAUGGUAAAAUGUGAGGUGAGCUGAUGCCGCGCAACAUUUGGAACACACAUGUUGUCUGAUAAAGUGAACACAUAAGCAACAGAUGCUGCAUCCAGGUGUUUGGAAAUUGUUUCAAGGCAAAUCCAUUCCCCACCCCUACGUUUUGGAUGCGAGGCAUUUGGAGAUUAUUUUGUGCUCCAACACAUUCGCAGAGGGGGAAAUUAGUGGCUUGUGUUCUCACUAGCUACUGUUUGGUGGAAGCCUUUUUUUUUUUUUUUUUUUUUUUGUAGUUGUUGCAAGCCGGCAUGACCUUUUACAAGGUGAAUAAUUCGUCAUGUGUGUAGUUUGGACAACCAUAGCAAAGACAAUAAUGGCAUCCCCCUCUUUCAACAACAAAACUCUAUGCCUUUUGCCCUUGGCUCUAGCAUCUUUAUCUUUGUCACCACCGAUUUUGCAUAUCCUUUGCAGCAUGCAGAAAAAAAAAAAGAUUCUUUUCUCCUCUACCUGCUUAGUUGUUUUUCCCUCCCUUCUGUUCUGGGAACGUUGACUCUCGUACAGUGUUCAUACAAGACAGGACAGGCACGUGGAGUGGAAGUUCCUGUAAACCGACUGUUUCACCUUUUCUUUUUUUUUCUUUUUUUGGCACCUUCAAAGAGCGACAACGACUUACAGUAGUUUGUUGACAUGACGGGUCUGCCGUUUGUGUCGCCGAGCCUACAGUAAUUGGCCCGGUAAGACGUAAAUUUAGCUCACUUGCAACUGCAGAGGAUCCCUUCUCUAUAAUUAUCACGACCUUACCUUUUAAUUGAGUUUUUCUUGCUAAAUUAUAGGUAUUACAGGGAAAACAUUCGAGCAAACAGAGCUUAAAAUAACCCCAAAAAUUGAGGCACAUCCACAAGUUUAGCUUAAGUCGGAGCAGCUGGAAGAGGAUCUGCAGUGAUUGCACGGGCAGAAAAUUGGAUACAAUUGAUAAACAUAAAGAAAUAAUGUUUCUGAUCAGAUUAGUGUGGCAACAGUCAAACCAACAUGAAAUGACAGUAGUCAUAUGAAGUAUGGUAUAAUAUUAACAGGUGUUCAGCUUUGCACCAGCUUGCUGCAGAAAGCUGUUUUAGCAGUCUUGUACUGUUGAGGUUUUGCUUCUGUUUGCCUUCUGACCAAAAAAAAAAAAAGGUGACAGGGUCUGAGGGAGUCUCUGAUGAUGUUCUUGUAUCAGUUUGAGUCAGAUGCAGAAGUAGAGACCUUUCAAUUACUCUUUCACUCCCUUCACUGUCCUCCACAUGGCACUCUUGUACCUGAGACCCGGUACUUUAACACACUCUCAACCAGAGUGCUAUAAUUUUUUUUUUUUUUUUCGGGUGAUGGUAGGGAAAACAGUUUGAUGAAAUGAUCUCCUUCUCCGUCCCACAUAGUCGCUGGGAGUGUCCGCACUGGAACAGAGCCCAGUGGUGUCUUCCCACUCCCCCCUCUUCCUUCCUCUCUCCUCCCCUCCUAGUUUAGGCUCAGUCCCAGAUUGUGAAAAUGAUGACCUGUACUGUACAGCGUCCACCACUGCCUUUUCAGAAUUGGCAGAGAACCCCGGGGACAUCUUUUUGUCGCAUAAAUCUAAAAUGUACAAGUCGUACCCUGCCGUCUCAGCAAAUAGUGCGAGUUUUUAAGGUGCUUUGAUGUUUUCCUACAAUUGCUCGAGUUCUGAGAUACUUAUUAACCGGUUCAAGUUCAGAAUUAAACGCAUCAACCAGGUUCGACCAGUGUGACGCAAUAUUAUGGAAGAUUAGUGGAUAAAUGGCAUUCUUUCUUCUCCCUUUUUUUUCUCCUUCCUUUUUAUUUUUAAAGGAUUUAUUGUUCUUAUCGCUGAGCCAGCAGACUCUCUCGUGGGAGCUGUGAAGAAACCCACGAGUUGCAUACCAACAAUCUGAAAAAAAAAUAAAUAAAAAAAAAAAUAAAAUUCCUCCAUGCAUCAUUGUGCAUGUAGAAAUUCCACAUGAAGACCAACAAGACGAGUGGCAAAUUCCUCUUAGCCUUGACCUGUUUGAAGAGAAUAUUGGUGGCUGGAUGAUUGGGUCACCUUUGUGUGGUCUGUCUGUAUAAUCAAUGCUGAGCUGAUGGGAUUUGUAAGAGGGCGAAGGGUCCAGUAAUUGUUGACUUAGGCAAAUAAGGACUGAUUGAUUGCUUCCUGCGUCGUGGCUAGCUCCCAUUAUUUGCAGCGUGAGACGUGGAUCCCUCGACACUCUCAGAUGGCAGUACACAGAACUCAGUUUUGCUGCUCUGGCUGUGCAAAAGUCUUGUGUGCACACACAAAAGCAGAGCGGAUACUUGCAAUUCUUCACACUGAGACGCCAUGACUGGGCUUCUGAAGAGAAAGUUUGAGGAGGUGGACGAGGACCCAUGCUACUCGUCUCCCUCGCCCUCUUCCCUCUCUUCCGCCUGCUCGGGCUGGGACUCGGAGGGGGAGAGCUGUUACUCGGACACCCUGGAUUCCAAUCCCAGCAACCCGUGCUCCCCAGCAACAAAUUUCAACACAACAUCCAUUCUGAAGAAGUCCAAAAGAGCACGCCGGGGCAACGUCACAUUCGACCAGGUGACUGUGUUCUUCUUCCCACGGUGCCAGGGCUUCACCAGCGUUCCCAGUCGAGGAGGUUGCACCCUUGGCAUGAUGCAGCGCCACAGCGCGCGGCGUUCAUACACUCUUGCAGAAUUUGCUGCGGAACAACGGCUCCUGCGCAGGGAAAAGUUCCUCAAUAGGCUUAGGGAAGAGAAGCUGGAAGCUAUGAAAAUGAAGCUGACAAAAAACGGAACCCAGGAAAACGAGGAGGCAGAUCGGCUUACGGUAGAUGACGUCCCAGAGCAAGACAUAGACAUCAGCAGUGCCAACCUGGACGAGGGCUCUUUCCUCCAGCCAUUCCCAUCUAAGAAGCGCUAUGCACUGCUCAAAGCAGCUGGUGUGAAGAAGAUCGACAAGGAGGAGAAGAGACAGCUGCACGAGCUGAGGCUCUCCAGGGAGAACUGCGGUUGCGACUGCCAGGGCUUCUGCGAGCCUGAAACGUGCAGCUGCAGCCUGGCGGGCAUCAAAUGUCAGAUGGAUCACUCUUCUUUCCCAUGUGGCUGCACCAAAGACGGCUGCGGCAACACAGAGGGCCGAAUUGAGUUCAACUCUAACCGCGUACAGACGCAUUACAUCCACACUAUAAUGAAGCUGGAGCUGGAGAAGAGGCUGGAGGAGCAGUCCAGCGCAGAGGAGGAGGAGGAGGAAAACACUACGGACGCAAACGCCCAACUACCAGCGGUGCCCUCCUUCCCUUUCAGCUCGGAGCUGAUGGCAGGCGGAGAGAACAGCUGCAGCAGUGACAUGACGGACUCAUCGGACUCAUCUGGUCAGAGUGAGGACUCUGAGGCAGGCGAGAGCCAGUGCAAGCAUCACAGCCAGCUGGAGGUGGACGAGAAAGGCCUGAGCCGGAUAUUGAGUUUCAACGAUACGAAUAGCGGGGAUAGCGAGGAUAAGGACAGUAAAAACGCGUGUUGCCCAAAUCAGCAGAAGCAACAGCCAACAACAGAGGCGUUCAGCAGCUUUAGCAUCGUGGACUUUGCUGAUGAAAAUGACAACAUAGACGCUGCGCUGCUGGAAUCCACAGACAGUCACAGGGACAAUCGAGUGACGGCCAUUUCAGAACUCUUGGACGAAAACGCCAACCAGGGAAACGGCAUUUUCCAUAGCUGCAGCGUGCCGCACACGCCUUCUCCCAGCAUCGAUCGCUCGGCGAGCUACGACAUGGACCUGAGUCUCUCCUCAGAGUCAGACCUGGAGUUCUUCGACGGCUUCCCGUGCUUGGGGCCCAGCUCGCUUUACAAUUCCCUGAAGGAGUACGAGCACAUGGACAACUAUUUCCAGUUUCAGCUGCCUAGCUACUCCGGUUUUCCCGCAGCGAGCGACACGGGGACCUGCCUGCUGGAAUCUCUGAUCGGCCUCUCAGAAUCCGUCCCGGAGCCCCCUGCUACGUUUACGGACAAUCAGCUGAUGGAGGAAGCCAUGAAACUGUCUGUGAUGGAGUCUGUGAAAGUUUGACAAAACAUGUGAACUACGUAAGAAAGGAAAAACCCACAAGAGAGAGAGGGGAAGGGGGUUGGGGGGUGGGAGUUUGGAAGAGGACUGAAAAAUGCACAUACGAUGUCAAUGUGUUAUGAGGAAGCUGUGAUUUCCCUCUUUUUUUUUUUUUUGCCUAUUAAAUAUUCAGAUUCCAGACUUGCCUUCAAAAUGUUAGCAAAGCAGUUUGGGGUGAUUGCUGUGUGAGAUGGCAGCUAGGGGUUAAAAGUGGACAGAGAUCAAUUUGACCAGGCCAACAGAAACCAGAGAAUCCUAAGAAAGCUCUUUUAACCAAACCAAGACCACCAACCGCUCUCGCUGAGCAGGAAUCACCCUUAAAACUGUUUCCAGGUUGGGCGUUAAUCUCAACACAGCUGAAUGUUCACCUCAGGGAAUUCAUUUUUUUUUUUUCUAGCUUUUGGAGGCAAUGUGUGGUGACCAUUGCUGUGAUUGCCUUCAUACGAAACCUGAGUCAGAUUGAGAUGUACGGUAGUUCUGUUUGCAUCCUCCCCCUCUCACCCUUCCCCCUCCUUUCUGAAGAUGACUUGAGCAAAGAAAAGCUGAGGUCUUCAUCCCAAAAAGGUCUUUUUAAGGUACAAGGAAAAAAACAAAUCCCUCUCAGAGCUCCUCGAUCCGCACUUUAUCUGUGAAAAUAACUAUGUAUGCAUAGGCAUUGUUUUGGUUAUUUGGGAUAGAUUCAACAGUUUGAUGCUAAAUUAUGAAUUAUGGAGUUUCUUAUUUAUGGGCUGGGAUUGUUGCUCGUAUUCUUAAAAAAAAAAAAAA